AUGGGACUGAAGAAAAGUCUCGGUGCCUUCGUGACUGGCGUGGUUGGAAGAGCAGAGCUUCUAUCGUCGAUUUUCUUCUUGGCCGCGUUUGCUGCUUACAUGCGUUGCACACGGUCGACGAACAGGCUUAGAGGGAUCCUAGGAAUGCAGACGUUCUUCUUGUCAGGUUUUGUGAGCUCGACUUUCGGGCGCGCCUUCUGCGUGGAUAAGUUUCUGCUUUUCUUCGCCUUUGUACAAGAGCAGCUUUCUCUGCAGCGGAAAGAAAGUCAAAAUCUUGAGGAUGAUGUCAAGUUGAUUAACCUUUGUUUUGUGGGGAAGAACGGCUCUCAGUUCUUGAGAAGUGGAGAUGAGUUGGAAAAGUGCGUUUGGCACGAAGGUGAGCUUGGUGCGUGUCUGUCGCGCUGA